AUCCUGCUUUUUGCUAAUAAAAGUAGUGGUUAGAUUUCUAAAUAAUAUAUUAUAUCGUAAAUAAAAAAAGAAGAGAAAAUGGCAAAGAAACGUAUUAAUGGACGCUACUUAGGGCAAAAUAUAGGAGAGGAAGUUAUUUUACUCGGGACCAUUAACCGUAAAAGUUCAAAUGGAAAAAAUAUAGAACUUCUUACAACGGAUGGUGUACAAGUAAAUGUAACAUUAAAUGAAGCUCUUGAUAUUAAUGCAGAAGGUUAUAUAGAAAUACAUGGAACUGUACAAUCAAAAGGUACCAUGUCAUGUAAUAGUUUUAUUCUUUUCCCUACCAGUAUGACAACAAAAUUUCAGACAAAUCAAUACAAUGAUCUUCUUGCUGUGUUAAAUGUAUUAGGAACAAAAAAAUGGAUGGUAUCUGAAAGUGACUGUGGAUAUUAAAUUUUGUGAAAUUUUAUAAAU